UGGACACCUGUCCUAAAGACAGGCGUCUUAACCCCGGACACGUUACAAUUAUGUUUUCAUCUGCCACAGAGAGAGUCUGAUCGCCUGUUUAAGACGAGUAUAUCUGCUGAUGGCCUCUGCAAAGCUGUGUCAGAAAUGUGCCGGAUUGCUGUGGGGCAGAAUGGCGCUGGUGAGUUUGUCUGCAUCAGACUCGCUGCUGUCUGCCAGAGCUGCUGCAGUGCGGACACACACACAGAGCUGGAGUUUUACUGCAUUCCGGCUCAGCCACUCGGCAUCCCCGGGACCACCCGCUGCGGAGCGGAGACUCACAGAGAGCAGCCUGCUUCCAUACGAUUCCCCGGGCUCUAACUGCACGGCGACAGAACGCCCCUCCCCUGACAGUCCGUCCUUAUUUGAGGAUCUGGACAGAGCUCCUCCUCUCUCUCCGUUUGAGGAGAUCAGCGAUGACGAGGCGGUACAGAUUGUGGCCACACCCCCUCUGCCUCCUGCUUCCACCUCCCUCCGUGAUUACGUCAGCCAAUCAGAGACUCUCACCAAGCUGGUGCAGCUAGGUGUGGACCUGUGGAAACUGGAGCAGAGACGCAAUGUUGGCUCCAUGCUGCUGCGGCUGGACUUCCAGGAGGACAUCCAGGGGAGGCUGCUUUUUCUGAAGGACGUGGGGCUGCAGGACUCCCAGCUCGGGCCCCUGAUCACACACAACCCCUUCAUCCUCACAGAGAGCCUGGAGAACCUGCAGGCCAGGGUGUCAUACUUGAAGUCGAAGAGGUUCAGCUCAGAAGCUGUGUGCAGAAUGGUGUCCAAGGCUCCUUACCUGCUCAACUUCAGCAUCCAGAGGCUGGACAAUCGCCUGGGCUUCUUUCAGAGGCACCUGGGCCUCAGUCCUCUCAAGACGCGGGACAUUGUGACUCGUCUCCCAAGGCUGCUGUGUGGCAGUUUGGAGCCGGUGAAGGAGAACCUGAAGGUUUUCGAGCUGGAGCUGGGUUUCCGUCCAAACGAAAUCCAGCACAUAGCCACCAGGAUCCCCAAAGUGCUGACGGCCAAUAAGAAGAGGCUGACAGAGACAUUUGACUAUGUCCACAACACCAUGGGCGUCCCUCACUCUCUCAUUGCCAAGUUCCCCCAGGUCCUGAAUGUCAGACUGCUGCGGAUCAGGGAGAGGCACCAAUUCCUGCAGUACCUGGGAAAGGCCCAGUAUGACCCGGCCCAGUCCGGCUACGUCUCCCUAGACCGGCUGGUCUCUCUGCCAGAUGCAGUCUUCUGUGAUGAGGUGGCCUCGGCCACACUGGAGGACUUCGAGCAGUUUCAGAAAACUCUGUAGGGCUGGAGCUCCAUGCUAUUGCUCCAGAGUCAGAGGACAGAACAAAGUAAUGAUCCGUUCUGAGUUUCUACGUUUGAUUCGGACAGGAAGGGGAGGAGUUGGUCUCUGUGUGUUGGUACCGUAAUGCAGUUCUGUGGAAUACAGUGGUUCUCUGGUGUCACCUUGUGCUUCAGGAAGUACCCUGCCCUUCAUGUCACAGUGGGUGCCAAAUGCCACUUAAAAUGGCUCUAUAUCAGACUGUGUGGUAAAUCUACAGGUUGUCUGCCCCAAAAGCAUAACUUAAGUAUUUUGUGCACAAAUCACAAAUCACCUUAGACAAAUAUAAGGAAUGACAAAGUAAUGUUGUAAUGAAAGCAUGUUCCCAUGGCAGCAAAUACAAA